ACUUGUCAUGCGCAACCAUGGGUGCGCUGCGCAACAACUGCGCGCUCGAGUGAGUGGACCAGGGUAUUCCCAUAAUUUACCGUGAGUGAGGCAGGCAGGCAGAGUGAGAACGACUGGACUAGCGUUAUCGUAGGCUGCAAGUGAACAUCUAUGCGCGUCGCCAAGGAGUCGGACAUUCAUUCCAGAAGACUACCCCUCGUCUUUUCUCUGCUGUAAUUUAUGUUUUUGAAAGAGAAUGGGCUGUAACUCCAGCACGCAGACUUCAACACAAGAGGGGACCAAACCGAGCGCCAAACCGGAGGAAACUAAUGGAGCGAGCACAACAGGCACUAAUGAAAACGGAGGCGUUCCAGAAGACAGUGAGACCAUUCCAGACCAGACCGCACCAGAACCCACUGCAGCAGCAGCAGACGCCCCAGCACCAGCAGCAGCAGCACCGGCCAGUGACACCCCUGCAGCAGACGCCCCGGCAGAACCAACACCAGCACCAGCACCCGCAGCAGCAGAGCCGGCAAAGACGGAGGCCACUGAGGCUGCCCCAGCAGCAGCAGCAGAACCUGCAGCCUCUGAUCCGGCCCCAGCAGCAGCAGCUGAGCCACCAGCAGCCUCGGAACCAGCAGCGGCACCAACCUCUGAACCUGCUCCGGCGACCGCCAGUGAUGCAGCUCCAGCUCCUGCGGCAGAGACGGCACCUGCGGAGGCUGCAGCACCUGCGGAGGCUCCGGCUGCUGACGCGGCCGCACCUGCUGAGACGGACCCCAAACCAGCAGAGGGAACAUCAGAAACAGCUGCUGCUGCACCCACAGAGGCCACGACAGAGGCCACCCCAUAAGCCCCAGUGUCCACAGAGGGUAACCAUGACUGCACUUCAGAGCCACCCCCUUCCCACAAUACUCCACAGACGACCACCACACCUCUCCGACACCAUCAAUCCACUGGGACCAGAUUUUUUUUAGAACCUAAACAUGUUAAAACAACUACCUACGUCUAUUUUUAUUAUGGAACAGUUAUCACAAAUGCACAUUAGCUCAGGUGGAUGCAUAUGUUUAUGAUAUUUAUUUUUACAAACACAUACAAAUGAAGCCUGAUUUACAGGAAAUAAUAUUUGGAUCACAUUUGUUUUUUAGUGGUUGCAAUUUGACUGAUGGUGUGUGUUUAAACCUGUCUGCACUGAACCCAGCAACCAACCAAACUGUGCUUGUAGAAUAGUUUCCGUUGGGGAGGUUGACAUCCAUGAUCUCUAAGCAAUUUGCUUGUUGCCAAGAUAGACUGCGCAGUCUCCUGACUGCUGUCUAACAGACUGUAUUGUGCCUUGACGUUCUAGUAGUGUGUGUGAGAAGAAUUUCUCCUUUUGUAAAUACCAACUUUCACCAACUUACUAAGAUCAGAAAUUAUUAUAUAUUGUUAUAGUGCAGAGAUCACGUAUCACUUUAAAAAUGCAAGUUACCUACCUUGUGGUGAAUGGCUUGAAUAUUUUUUCAAUGCAAAAAAAAGGUUCAUAUUAAAAUGAUUCAAGAUUUAUACUAGUCUGUA